UCCCAUCCCACGUUGCCGACACGUUGUUUGCACGUGAAGGUGGAGAUUAGCUCUGCUAUCUCCGCAUCGCGACUAUGCUACUACCCAUGUAUCUACCUGCAUAGUAUGUACGUUCUUCGUGGUAGCUCUACAUCCACUGCUCGCCUCUCGCGGCCCAGCAUCGCCAUGACUGCUGCUCCUACAGUUGCCCUCGUCAUCGCCCAGUCAUAUGGCACCCACCCGCCGGCUUAGCCUCUGCGCACCGCAUCGCACACAACUACAGCAGUACUCUUUUCUUUAUACACGGCGCCCAGAAGAUGCACAUAUCCCAGAGAUGCCCUCUGCCGUGGCGGCUCCUUGGUUCGCCCACGCAGGUGCGUAGCUUUUCUUCGACACCCCGCCGUCGCGAGAUCAAGCACAUUUCUGAGCUGCCUCUGCGCACAAAGCCGUCGUACAUACAGUCGCCCAACAACACGCUCCUCAGCCUUCAAUGGCCAUCACCGCCGCGAAAUAUACUUGUCACCAAGAAGAAACGCACGCCCAACAUCACCGAGUCCGUCAUCGAAUUUACGUCGCAUAUCCGCUCCACCUACCCCGCCAUAAACGUCAUCUUCGACCCAGAAACAGCAGAGGAGCUGCAUGAAAAAGUUUCCUUUCCCGUGUAUACAUACAAGAGAAGCAACGGCGUGCCGCAGCAGCUUUCGGAUAAAACUGAUCUGGUCUGCACUCUCGGCGGAGACGGAACGCUGCUGAGAGCUAGCAGUCUAUUCAGCCAUUCUGAAAAUGUGCCUCCCGUCUUGAGCUUCGCCAUGGGCACAAUUGGUUUUCUGGGUGAGUUCAAAUUCAAAGAGUACAAGCGGGCAUUUCGAGAGGUGUACAUGAGCGGUGCGCCAGACACAUACGCAACGCUAUCUGAUUCCUUGGGCAAAAGCCCACCACGUUUGCCUUCGUCGCCCGACGAUCCUCUAGACAAACCAUUGAGCUAUGCCGAUAUACGCGGCAAGGCAAUGGGGACCAACAGAACGGCGCGCAUUCUCCUUCGUAACAGGCUCAAAGUCGGUGUUUUUGGGCCCGACGGGAAGAGAAUCGGGAGCACAGACGAUGAGGGCGAUACCUACGCGUUGAACGAAGUCACAUUGCACCGCGGCGGAAGUCCACAUCUCAAAGUUAUCGAUGUAUACAUCAAUAAUCGGUUUCUAACCGAAGCCGUCGCAGACGGCAUGAUUAUUAGUUCGCCUACAGGCUCAACCGCAUACUCGCUUUCAUCCGGCGGGAGCAUCGUACACCCUCUCGUCCCAUCAAUCUGUCUCACUCCCAUCUGCCCGCGCUCCCUCUCCUUCAGACCCCUAGUCCUACCCGCCGAAACACCCAUUACACUGCGUCUCGGCGCCAAGAAUCGCGGCCGCGAAGUUGAAGUUAGUAUCGACGGCAGUACCAUCACCGAGAAACUGGGUACGGGCAUGGAAGUCCGCAUAAGCGGGGAGGAAGUCAAGCGCGAUGCUAGAGGCUGGGAAGGCGGCGUACCCAGCAUCGUCAGAGGCACAACAGGCAAGGAAGAUAUAGCCGAGGAUCAUUGGGUCGGUGGUCUGAAUGCAUUGCUGAAAUUCAAUUAUCCAUUUGGGGAUCAGGAUUCUUGAAGUCAGUCCCCCAAUCUAAUAAGUUGGCGUCGAAGCAAUCUUAGAAAGCGAGAUACA